UCGCGGAGGGUCUCUAUUAGGCGUCUAAAGUCCGGUUUACUGAUCAGCUGAGUCAGUCUGUCUGCUCACCUGUCUGUCAGUCUGUCUUUGGGUGGAGGGACUCGGCUGCAGCGGGAGGAUGCUCUUCUCCUGCCGAGAAUCAGGACUUUCCCUCUCCCGUCAUCCGGCAGGAUGCUGCGGUCUGAACCCGGGGUUUCUCCCCUCCUCUGCCCGCUGAAGUUGGAUCAUCUGCGGGGAUUAAACACUUGUUUUUGUCGCUCUCUCCUCCUCUUUCUCUCCGCCUCUCUCCGGAACUGCCCGAUCGUUUGACAGUGGAAAUAAUCCGCUUCUUUAAAUUUGAGAUUCUGGAUUAUUAUACACCCUGCCCUCCUGACUCUGGUGGAUUUUACUCACGCACAGAUUUGUGAAUGGGUUUGUGAGCCGCAGCACGUUUUCCUCCAGAGGCACCUGCUGCACCUGCGUUAUUCCGCGCAGGGAUGGUGUGAACACGGAGGGGAUACAGGAGGAAAAACACCCGUGCUGUAGUAACCAUGUCUGGUACCGAGGUCGAGGAUUAGUGUGAGGAGGGAUUAUAUUUUCCAGGAGCCGAAUCCCUCCAUCAGAUGUGUGUUCAUUUGUUUGUUUUUUUGUCUCUGGGGUUUUAAUCUUUUUUGGACACGGCGAGAACUUUCCAGACGCGUUAGGAUAUUUUUUCUAUUUGUUUCUUCACUGUUCUAUAUCGUUUGGGGAAGCAAAAGAAAAUCAUCUCCACUGUGUCUGUAGGUAAAAUAAAACUGACUAAAGUAACCCCAUCACAAAUAAAAAAAAAUAUGUUCGUUAUUAAAUAGCCUUACACAGGUCAUGCAGGUCACUAUAGAGUAAAAACACUGUUAGUCCCUCUGGGAAUAUAUACACUCAACCCACAGGAGAUUAAAAAAUAUCAAGGCUGGAGAAACUCUCCGCCCUGAGGAUGAAGAGUCAUGAUGAUCUGACGCGCCCGUUAGUCUGAGCUCAUGUGGAAGCUGCCGUCUAAUUUACAUGUUGAGGAGAUGAGAAGUUUAUUUUAAAGUGGAAACUAUGGAGAUAAUAGAGACAUGAUUAGAUAUAAGUACUGAAAUAACAGAAAUACCAGAUACACACAAGACUUGUAUGUUUCUGUAGUAAAGUCGCUGUUUACCGUAACAGACACAUUGUGAGGAGCCAAUAAUCAUAAAAAAAUUCAUAUUGAACUAAUUUUAUUUCACGGUUGUUAUAUGAAUAAUACAGAAUUAAAAAGGACACUACAGGAAUAUAGGUGAUUAUAAAGUGAUUAUUGAGUAGGCCUAUCGGAUGAACUAUAAGGGAAGAACUUUAUAUCAGAGCCUCCUUGUACUUUGUGUGAAUAAAACUGGUGAUAAUUCAGAAUUAGGCUGAUUUAGGCUGCAUUAUAUAGGCCUAUAUAUCUGGUCCACUUGUGUAACUUCUUUGAUUUUGUCCUUUGUGGACAGUGAGUGAGCAACAAGCAAAUUAAGAAUGAACUGAAGAAUCGAAGAAAAGUUUAUGUCUAAGACUUAAACAGACAAAACUGAACAAUCACCUUGUUUUCUACCAAGGCUGAGCCCCACGAGAACGGAAGCAUCAAUCAGGUUAUUAGUAUAUAAAUUACCAAAACCCAGUCCAUAAAUAUCGGCUGUUAACAAAUCUGCUGUUCUGGUCUGGAGGAAGCGGCAGGAGUGAACGCGCGGCGGCGGCGGCGGCAGGAGUGAACGCGCGGCGGCGGCGGCGGCGGCAGACACGGUGUCCCGUCAGAUGAGUGAACAUGUCGGACCGGAGCGCCCCGGGCUGCCGGCUCAGACUGGACUGGGUCUACGGAUACCGGGGCCACCAGUGCCGGAAUAAUCUGUACUACACCGCCGGCAAGGAGGUGGUGUACUUCGUGGCAGGGGUCGGCGUGGUUUACAACACCAGAGAGCACAGCCAGAGGUUUUACCUGGGACACAACGAUGACAUCAUCAGCCUGGCGUUGCACCCGGAGCGCUCCCUUGUGGCGACCGGUCAGGUGGGGAAGGAUCCCUAUGUGUGUGUUUGGGACUCCUUCACCGUCCAGACCGUCUCUCUGCUCCGUGACGGACACACACACGGCAUCGCCUGCCUCGCAUUCAGCGCGGACGGACAGCGGUUAGCCUCGGUCGGCCUGGAUGCCAAAAACACAGUAUGCAUCUGGGAGUGGAAGAGAGGGAAGAUCCUGGCUACAGCCACCGGACACUCAGACAGGAUCUUCGAUAUCUGCUGGGAUUUGUUUCAACAGAACCGCCUAGUGAGCUGUGGAGUCAAACACAUCAAGUUCUGGUCUCUGUGUGGUAACUCUCUCACUCCAAAGCGGGGGAUUUUCGGGAAGACGGGUGACUUGCAGACCAUCCUGUGCGUCGCCUCAGCCAAAGAUGAUAUCACAUACUCCGGGGCGCUCAACGGGGACAUUUACGUCUGGAAGGGACUCAACCUGAUAAAAACAGUUCAGUCUGCCCAUGGGGCUGGUAUCUUCAGCAUGUAUUCCUGUGAGGAGGGUUUUGCCACAGGAGGCAGAGACGGCUGUGUCCGGCUGUGGGACGUUGACUUCAGACCGAUAACCAAGAUCGACCUGCGGGAGGCCGAGCAGGGAUACAAAGGUCUGUCUAUUCGUAGCGUCUGCUGGCGAGCCGACCGAAUCCUGGCAGGAACGCAGGACAGCGAGAUCUUUGAGGUGAUGGUGAGGGAUCGGGACAAGCCGCUGCUGAUCAUGCAGGGACACAGCGAGGGUGAGCUCUGGGCGCUGGACGUUCACCCCAAAAAGCCUCUGGCAGUCACCGGCAGCGACGACCGCUCCGUCAGGUUGUGGAGUCUGGUGGAUCACGCCCUCAUUGCCCGCUGUAACAUGGAGGAGGCGGUGCGCAGCGUGGCGUUCAGUGUGGACGGAUACCAGCUGGCUCUGGGCAUGAAGGACGGAUCCUUCACUGUGCUGAGAGUCAGAGACAUGACCGAGGUGGUUCACAUCAAAGACAGGAAGGAGGUGAUCCACGAGAUGAAGUUUUCUCCGGAUGGAGCGUACCUCGCUGUCGGCUCCAACGACGGACUUGUGGACAUCUACGCUGUCGCCCAGAGAUUCAAAAAGGUGGGAGAGUGCAGCAAAUCCACCAGUUUCAUCACACACCUAGACUGGUCUCUGGACGGCAAAAUCCUGCAGACCAACGAUGGAGCUGGAGAACGCCUCUUCUACCGAAUGCCUAUGGGGAAGCCAGUUGUCAGUAAGGAGGAGGUGAAAGGUCAGUGCUGGGCAUCCUGGAGUGGCGUCCUGGGCUCAGAAGUCAGCGGCAUCUGGCCUAAAUACUCUAAUCUAACUGAGAUCAACGCUGUGGACGCCAAUAACGCUGCUGCCGUGCUCGUUACCGGAGACGGCCUCGGCCUGGUUAAGCUCUACCGCUUCCCCUGUCUGAGGAAAGGAGCCAAAUUCAAGAAGUACAUUGGUCACUCAGCCCAUGUGACCAACGUCCGCUGGUCGCAUGACCUGCAGUGGGUGCUGACCACAGGUGGGGCAGACCACGCCCUCUUCCAGUGGAGGUUUCUACCAGAGUCGGUCAUGAACGGAGGACUGGAUAUCAACAUACAAGAAAGUCAUGGAGACUCCAACGGGGAGGAGUCGGACAGCGACGUGUCGGAUGUCCCGGAGCUCGACUCCGAUAUCGAGCAGGAAACACAGAUCAACUACGACAGACAGGUGUAUAAGGAGGACCUGCCUCAGUUGCGACAGCAGAGCAGAGAGAAGAAACUCCAGGUUGGAUCUCUGAAGAGACAGAGAGGACCCGACCAAGGCCUCCGGCUGCAGUUUGUGCACGGGUACCGUGGGUACGACUGCAGGAACAACCUGUUCUACACUCAGGGGGGGGAGGUGUUGUACCACGUGGCGGCGGUGUGCGUGAUCUACAACCGGCAGCUGCACAGCCAGCGCUUCUACCUCGGCCACGACGACGACAUCCUGAGCCUCAGCAUCCACCCGCUGAAGGACUAUGCUGCUUCAGGACAGGUGGGGAGGGACCCAGCCAUCCACGUGUGGGACAUCCAGACUCUGAAGUGUCUGUCUUUGCUGAAAGGAUUCCACCAGAGAGGAGUGUGUGCUCUGGAUUUCUCAGCUGAUGGAAAGAGUCUGGUGUCAGUGGGAGUCGAUGACGGACAUUCAAUUGUAGUCUGGGACUGGAAGAGAGGAGAGAAACUCGCUACUGCCAGAGGUCAUAAGGAGAAGAUAUUUGUGGUGAAGUGUAAUCCCAUGCUGAUGGACAAACUGGUCACUGUGGGAAUUAAACACAUCCAGUUUUGGCAGCAUGCAGGUGGCGGCCUGACUUACAAGCGCGGUGUGUUCAGGUGCGUAGGCCGGCCGGAGACCAUGAUGUCAGUGUGUUACGGCCGCAGCGAUGCGCUGGCAUUCACCGGCGCCGCCACGGGAGACGUUUACAUCUGGAAGGAACCACUGCUGAUGAAAACAGUCAAAGCUCACGAUGGACCGGUGUUCGCCAUGUUCUCCCUCGACAAGGGCUUUGUGACGGGCGGGAAGGACGGCGUGGUGGAGCUAUGGGACGACAUGUUUGACCGCUGCCUGAAGACUUACGCCAUCAAGAGAGCAGCACUGUCCCCGGGCUCCAAAGGCCUGCUCCUGGAGGACAACCCGUCCAUCAGGGCCAUCACUCUGGGUCACGGUCACAUCCUGGUUGGAACCAAAAACGGAGAAGUUCUGGAGAUCGACAAGACCGGACCCAUGACCCUGCUGGUGCAGGGUCACAUGGAGGGCGAGGUUUGGGGUCUGGCCGCUCACCCCCUCCUCCACGUGUGUGCCACCGUCAGCGACGACAGAACCCUGCGCCUGUGGGAGACGUCAGCUAAUCACCGCAUGGUGGCCGUCCGCAAGCUGAAGAGAGGUCAGAUAAAGGACCAGACCGUCAACUUCACACGCCUUUAGUGUGUGUGUUUUCCAGGCGGUCGAUGCUGUGCUUUCUCUCCUGAUGGAAGCUUGGCGGUUGGUCUCAGUGAUGGCGGCGUGCUGGUGGUGAACGCAGACACGCUGGAGGAUCUCCUGGGCUUUCAUCAUCGCCGCGACACCAUCUCUGACGUCCGCUUCACUCCAGACUCGGGCAAAUUCCUGGCGGUGGCAUCACACGACAGCUUCGUGGACAUCUACAAUGUGCAGAGCAGCAAGAGAGUGGGGAUCUGUAAAGGAGCGUCCAGUUACAUCACGCACGUCGACUGGGAUGCUCGAGGUAAACUACUGCAGGUGAACACAGGAGCCAAAGAGCAACUUUUCUUCGAAGCCCCGAGAGGAAAAAGACAAACCAUCAGAAACACUGAGCUGGAGCGGAUCGAGUGGUCCAGCUGGACGUGUGUUCUGGGUUCGAGCUGUGAGGGAAUCUGGCCGACGCACAGCGACAUCACCGACAUCAACGCCACGUCGCUCACCAGAGACCGAGCGCUGCUCGCCACCGGGGACGACUUCGGCUUCCUCAAACUGUUCAGCUACCCGGUUCGAGGUCAGUACGCUCGUUUUAAGCAUUAUGUGGGCCACAGCGCGCAGGUGACCAACGUCCGCUGGGCUCAGGACGACUCCACCCUGCUGACGGUGGGCGGGGCCGACACCGCCCUGAUGAUCUGGGCGAGGGAGCGAGGAAGUGGGUUUGGUGGAGAGGGGGAGGGGCCUUUGUGUCGAGACAACCGCCCGCUCGUGGACAGCGAGGAGUCGGAUGACGACAUUGAGGAGGACGGAGGCUACGAUAGUGACGUUGCCCGGGAGAAGACGGUGGAUUACACCACUAAGAUGUACGCUGCCAGCCUCAGAGAGAUGAGAGGAACCAAACCUCACCAACAGCUGAAGGAGCUGUCUGCCGAGGAGAGGCCUCCAGUGAGUCGAGCAGCGCCACAGCCAGAGAAACUUCAGAAGAACAACGUCUCCAAGAAGAAGAGACUGGUCGAGGACCUGGUUUUAGAUCAUGUGUUUGGUUUUCGGGGCUUCGAUUGUCGUAACAACCUGCACUACCUCAACGAUGGCACCGACAUCGUCUACCACACUGCCGCCACCUGCAUCGUGCACAGUCUCAGCAACGGAACUCAGAGUUUCUACCUGGAGCACACUGAUGACAUCCUCUCUCUGACCGCCAACCAGCACCCGAAAUACAAAAAUAUCAUCGCCUCUGGACAGAUCGGUGACGUCAGUGAACUCCCAGGCACCACUCCCUCGAUCCAUGUGUGGGAUGCGAUGAGUAAACAGACGCUGUCCAUCCUUCGCUGUCCUCACACCAAAGGCGUCGGCUACGUUAACUUCAGCGCCACAGGGAAGCUGCUGCUGUCUGUCGGAGUGGAACCUGAACACACCAUCACUGUGUGGCGCUGGCAAGAAGGAUCCAAGGUGUGCAGUAAAGCUGGACACCCGGACCGGAUCUUCGUAGUGGAGUUUCGUCCAGACUCGGACACCCAGUUCGUGUCGGUAGGAAUCAAACAUGUGAAGUUCUGGACUCUAGCCGGAGGUGCUCUGAUGUACAAGAAGGGCGUGGUAGGAACGGUGGAGGACGGCAGGAUGCAGACAAUGCUGUCUGUCGCCUUCGGUGCUAAUAACUUGACAUUCACCGGCGCCAUUAAUGGGGACGUGUACGUGUGGAGGGAUUACUACCUGCUGAGGGUGGUGGCGAAGGCUCAUACAGGGCCAGUCUUUACCAUGUACACUACGCUGAGAGACGGACUCAUCGUGACCGGUGGCAAGGAGAGGCCGACUAAGGAGGGCGGUGCGGUGAAGCUCUGGGAUCAGGAGAUGAAACGCUGUCGAGCGUUCCAGCUGGAGACGGGACAGCAGGUGGAGUGUGUUCGAUCAGUCUGCAGAGGCAAGGGUAAGAUCCUGGUGGGGACGAAGGACGGGGAGAUCAUCGAGGUGGGGGAGAAGAACGCAGCGUGCAACCUGCUGCUGGACAGUCACGCUCGGGGAGGAAUCUGGGGUCUGACCGCUCAUCCUGCUAAAGAGCUCUGCAUCACCGCCAGCGACGACGCCACCAUCAGACUGUGGGACCUCACUGACAAAAAACUGUUGAACAAGGUGUGUGUUGGCCACGCAGCCCGGUGUGUGAGCUACAGCGCAGAUGGAGAGAUGCUAGCGGUGGGGAUGAAGAACGGCGAGUUCCUCAUCCUCCUCUCCAACUCGCUGAAGAUGUGGGCGAAGAAACGAGACCGCAGCGCCACCAUCCAGGACAUCCGGUUCAGUCCAGACCGGCGGCUGUUGGCUGUCGGUUCGGUGGAGAACACGGUGGAUGUGUACGAUGUGAGCGGGGGGCCAAGUCUGAACCGGCUGGUUUACUGCAGCGACAUCCCUGCUUUCAUCCUGCAGCUUGACUUUUCUGCUGACAGCUGUUAUAUACAGGUGUCCACAGGAGCUUAUAAGCGACAGGUGUUUGAAGUUCCUUCAGGGAAGCUGAUGAGCGACCAGACCAUAAUUGACAGAAUCACAUGGGCAACCUGGACCAGCAUCCUGGGAGAUGAAGUGUUGGGAAUAUGGCCGCGAAACGCAGACAAAGCUGAAGUCAACUGCGCGUGUGUGUCUCACGCCGGCCUGAACAUUGUCACCGGCGACGACUUUGGAUUGGUCAAACUGUUCGACUUCCCCUGCACAGAGAAGUUUGCCAAACACAAGCGCUACCUCGGCCACUCGCCUCACGUGACCAACAUCCGCUUCUCCCACGAAGACAGAUACGUGGUCAGCACAGGAGGAGACGACUGCAGUGUGUUUGUGUGGAAAUGCCUGUAAACGCUGAGACUUCUGCCGUCUGGUGACGCUUUUAUUUAAAGCGCCUUAACUGCACCACAAGUGGAUCCAGAGGGAGUCAAAUCCACGACCCGAGCGUAUUCGCACCUGUUUGUUCAACAGUGAGUUUCGACGGUAGAGAUGGAGGAAGACUCUCUGUUGACUGCUGCAACACAAAGCCGACUUCAGUGAUUAGGUGAGAUGUUUAGAUUUGGUUGGCUUCAGAUUUUUUUGUGAUGAGGCAGGAAACUACAGACUGCAGCCAAACACAUGAGACGCUUCAUGAUGGAUCACAUGACCCUGAACAAACCACGAGGAGACGUAAAGAAGCAAAAGAAUCAUUCACUUUUUAAGGAAACAUCAGAUGUUUUUUCUUGGUCUGAACAACUGCUCAUUUAGAAGCCAACCAGCUUUGAAACAUAAGUCAUGUGACCACACUACCACAGCAGUGAAGGAGAGGUUUAAUUCUGCAUAAAGCAGUAAAUCACCACCCCAUCUCCUGCUACCCAGAAGGCCUUGCACAGGGUCAUUGUUGUACUCGGUGCAACGAGGAUGGCAAACAAACUGCACCUCCAGGUCAUUCAAUAAUCAUGUGACCAUCAGGAGUCACAGAGUGUCAAACAUAAAGAGAAAAAGGUUCAACAUUUUGGAUUUUUCUCUCAAACAAACCUUUUGAAACAUUGAGUGUUUCCUCCUGUCCAGGGGUCAGAUGCAUAAAACUUUGUACACACAAGACAGAAAUAUGUAUUCGUCUGAUGUACGAAGCCGUGCGCACGCAUUGUUCUGUUUUAUGAAUCUCAGUUAUUGUGGAAAUGCUCAUUUCCACUCCCAACGUGAGCCUUCGAUAUAUGACAAACUUCAA